AUGGACAAUGUGGCGUUAUCUAAGAUGGUGGCGGCAAUGGCCCUCACCUCCGUUACCGUCUUAGGGCUGUGGACGCCGCUUUUGUGCUUACGGAAGGCCAAAGGCAACACGUCACCCCGGCCCCGCAUGCAACUCAUGGCGAUAUCGCGUCCCUUGUCGCUGGCGAAUUGUUUCUCGGCUGGGAUGCUGAUUGCGAUGUCGUUGGUGCAUUUCCUGCCGGACGCCAUCGUGGCGGCUGGGGUGGGCGUGUCCCCGACACGCCUCUGCGUCGCACUCAUGAUUGGCGUUAUUCUUCCCGCCUUGAUGGAGCGCUGCACCGCUGACGCCGCGACACACGAAGCGCACGGCCACGGCCACGAAUUUGGCCUCACGCACGAGGGCCAUCAUCACCGAUCGCUGAUGUCAUUCAUUGUGCUGCCCAUGUGCCUACACGCCAUGGUGGAGGGAAUGUUGCUGGGACUUGAGCCCUCCAUCUCCUCCCUCUUGGGCUCCGCGGUGCCCCUCUUUAUCCAUCGCUUCUUUGACGGUCUUGUUGUCGGAGUCUGCAUUGCAAAGGAGCUCUGCAUUGAGGUGGAGGACCUUGACGAGGUGGCGCCGCUCAACACCACAGACAACAGCACGGGAAGCGACCUUUCCGCAAUGUUUAGGCGUCGCGUAGAGAAGUUUUCCGUCAUUUUGUGGCUCAGCAUAAUGCCAGUCGCUCUGCUCCUUUGCGUGGCGAUCACCAGCGGCCCCGGUGCCAACGGCGCUAAUAAUACGCUCUACAACGCCAGUCCGAAGCACUCUAGGAAUGCCGCGGGGAGGAACCAGAACAGCAGCGGCAGCCACGGGGACGGCGCAUGGCUGGCGCUGACGCAGGCCCUGGGCAGUGGCUUCUUUCUCUUCGCGGGGCUUGUGAUACUUAUGCGGGAGGAGCUGCAGGGAGUACGGGCAGCUGUGUCCCUCUCCGCAGGGGUUUUGUUCACCUCUUUUCUCACCGCCAUGGAGGCCCAUUGA